CCCCUCCUCGCCCCGCCGCCCACACACCGCGAGAGAAGGACCUUCCCAACAUGGCGGCAGAAGGCCCAGGCGUCACUUCCUGCGGGACGGCGGAUUUAAGGAGCAGGAUUUCCGCUUUCGCUCCUUUCCGACGGUGACGACCUCCCCACGAGAACAUGCCUCUCGCAAAGGAUCUCCUUCAUCCCUCUCCAGAAGAGGAGAAAAGGAAACACAAGAAGAAGCGCCUGGUGCAGAGCCCCAAUUCCUAUUUCAUGGAUGUGAAAUGCCCAGGUGAGGAGAUUACUUGCAGUAGUGGGGAAAGCACUGGACCCCAAGAAUUGGACAAAGGAUGCUAUAAAAUCACCACCGUCUUUAGCCAUGCACAAACAGUAGUUUUGUGUGUUGGCUGCUCUACCGUCCUCUGCCAGCCUACAGGAGGAAAAGCAAGGCUUACAGAAGGGUGCUCCUUCAGACGGAAGCAGCACUAAAAGCCCCUGGAAUCAAGAUGAAUGGGAAACCAUCCCAAUAAACACAUUUUGGAUACGUCCUG